AUGGUUUUUCAAACGUACUUAUAUGGCUGCCCACUAACUUCAGAGUUUCGCAGAGCCGCUGCUUAUAAGACGGUUUUAUGUCAAGCAUUUAGAGACAAGGGCAGUUGUGACUAUGGAGAAGCGUGUCGAUAUGCUCACGGUGAGGAGGACCUUCGACUCCGGCCCUUAGUAAAUCAUUUUUUGAUUCGCAAUUUGAAUCGUUUUAUAAAUUACAAAAGGCAAUUAUGUAACAACUUUACUUUGUAUGGUAGAUGCCCGCGUGAAGACCGCUGCCAGUUUAUACAUCGACGACCAAGUCAACCUCGUUCUUACCAGGUAGACUUUUCACCAAUGGAACUUUCUUAA